AUGGCCAGAAGGAGAGCGUGCCAGAGUCUGUUUGGCUCCAAGUUACCUCAGUGGCAUGCCUACAACCUCAUCACCCCCGGCGACCUCGUCAUGGCACAUGCCGUGAGAAAGGUCGUGGCGGAAACGAAAACGGGCAGCACCAUUUCCGAACGAGUCCACACCGUCCUUGCGAUCCAAGUCAAGAGCACCUUCUUCGACCCCAUCGUCGGCCAGCUCCAGGUCAGCGGCGUAGUCAAGUCGGAAAAUGCCUACGUCAGCCUGGGUCAAUACCACACGCUCGAUCUAGAGGUCACCCGCCCUUUCACGAUAAGCAAGCCCCAGGGCUGGGACUCGGUCGCCAAGGAGACGCUAUCAGAGAGUUUGUCGGAUGACAAAGAUGGCGCCAUGGCUGCCAUCGUCAUGCAGGAGGGCAUCGCCAACAUUUGCCUCAUUAGUCAGUUCCGCACCGUCGUCAAGCAGCGCAUCGAGAGCAUCAUACCCAAAAAGCGAAGCGCCGCAUCCGAGACAUCGGAGGGCAUGAGACGCUUCUACGAAAAGACCAUGACCGCCCUUCUCCGAACCGUCAACUUUGAUACCCCGAGACCUUUAUUGCUCGCAAGUCCUGGAUUCAUAGCGGCCGAUUUCAAAAAAUACAUUGCGGACGAGGGAAGAGACAAGUCGGAUAAGAAACUGUCGGGAAUAGCCAAAGAAGCGGUCGUCAUCCACACAAAUUCGGGCCAUGUGCACAGUCUCAACGAGGUUCUCAAGAGCCCCGAGAUGGGCACUAAGCUGAAGGACUUCAAGUUCACCAAGGAGACAAAGUUGAUGGACCAAUUCUUCGAAAGACUCCGGCGGGAGGAUGGAAGGGCGUGGUACGGAGCGACAUCGGUAGCAAAAGCGGUCAACGAGGGUGCCAUCGGCCCCGGCGGCGGCGUUCUCAUCAUGAACAACUCGCUGUUCCGCAGCUCUGAUAUUCCGACGAGAAAAAAGUAUGUGGCCAUGGUGGACAAGGUCAAGGCGGAUGGUGGCGAUGUCAGGAUUCUCAGCAGUGAUCACGAGAGCGGCAAGCGACUCGACAUGCUGGGCAGCGUUGCUGCCAUCCUGUCCUACCCGAUCCACGAUCUGGACGAUGAUGAGGAUGAUGACGGAAAUGCUGCGGAUGCGCACAACAGCUCGGCACAGCAACACCGAACAUGCAGCCGACAGCAGCUUCAGGUGCUCUUCGCCGGCUCAUCUAUUUCCUACCGCUCUACUCGUCGUCAGACGCUCCAGCUCACGAAGCCCAUCGUUUUCGCUGCGUACACAAUCCACACAAUGGCGUCCGCACUCACCCUACAGUCUAAAAAGAAGCUGAACAACGGCCUUGAGAUCCCCGUGCUGGGAUAUGGCCUCUGGAAGAUUGCGCCUGAGCAAGCUGAGGAGGUCGCCGGCCAAGCCCUUAAAGUCGGCUAUCGCCAUCUCGACUCGGCGGCUUCGUACAAGAACGAAGCCGGCGCCGGAGGUGCCAUUCGCAGCGCCAAGGACAUCCCCCGCUCCGAAAUUUUCUUCACCUCAAAAGUUCGUUGGAUUCACUACGACGGUGCCAAAGACCAGGUCGAGAAGACUUUGAACGAGACCGGCCUUGACUACAUUGACCUGAUGCUACUUCACUGCCCCUACGGCGGCUCAGAGGGUCGCAAAGGUGCUUGGGAGGCCCUCGUAGAGGCCCAAGAGGCCGGCAAGGUCAAAUCCAUUGGCGUCAGCAACUACGGCGUGCACCACCUCGACGAGCUCGAGAAGCACAUCAAGGAGCUCGAGGAGGAGCGCGGAGGCAAAGGCAAGGGCGGCGCCAUCAACGUUGCACAGUACGAGAUCCAUCCCUGGUGCGCGCGCAACGACAUCGUUCAGUGGCUGCAGAAGCGCAAUGUCGCCAUUGAGGCCUACAGUCCUCUGGUCAGAGGCGAGAGGUGGGGUGACAAGACUCUCAACGCCUUGGCCGACAAGUAUGGCAAGUCCGAGGCUCAGAUCCUGCUACGCUGGAGCUUGCAGAAGGGGUACAUCCCUCUCCCCAAGAGUAUUACGCCGACCCGCAUCCUGGAUAAUACCAAAAUUUACGAUUUCCAGCUGUCGGACGAGGACGUCAAGGCUUUGGAGACUGAUGAGUAUGCCCCGGUCUGCUGGGACCCAACCAUCACACCCUUGGAUGGACCGCGAAUUGGUUGA